AUGGUCGUCUUGCCAGAGCCCUUUGCCUCAUUUGAGCGUACUCCUCUCCUCUUCGACCAGCCUUCUCCCCUCCACCCGCUGCCCAACCUUACGCGGCAUGUCAAUUCUACCACUUCCACCAAGGCCCAAAUCUGGGCUAAACGGGAGGACUGCUCUUCCGGUCUUGGCCUUGGUGGAAACAAGAUCCGCAAGCUCGAAUACGUCGUCCCCUCAGCCAUGGCCAGGGGCUGCGACACACUGAUCUCCACCGGCGGCACGCAGAGCAACCACAUGCGCCAGGUUGCCGCCGUCGGAAAUUACCUCGGCCUCAAGACCGUCCUGGUCCCGCAGGUUCAUGGGCCGUCCAAGUCUGAGGCGUUUGACCGGGCUGGGAAUGUGCAAGUCAACGCUGUACUGGGGGCUCAGUACGCAGAACAUAAUGCCUCACUCGAGGACGUUGCAGCUGGUAUAGAGGAAUCGGGUGGGAAACCGUACAUCAUAGCCUCGGGGGCAUCUGCCCAUUUGCACGGCGGUCUGGGGUUCGCCCGCUGGGCAUUCGAGGUGGUUGAGCAAGAGACGGCUCUCGGCGUCUUCUUCGACACCAUCGUUGUCCCUGUGGCCUCUGGGGGCACCAUUGCCGGCAUGAUUGCAGGAUUCAAACUCGCUGACCGACUGAGACAAGAGUCAGUACUCGGAUCAUCCACUGAGACCCGCACUCGCUGCAUCAUCGGCAUCGACACCUACAACAAGCCGGCCGGCGUACUCGAGGCCACGGUUCUUGAAAUCGCCAAGCGGACAGCCAGGCUCAUUGGGAUCGGCGAAGAUGCCGUCCAGUCUCAUGAUGUGGUCCUCGAUACAAGGUACAAUGCUGGGACGCAUGUGGCUUGGGACGAGCAUACGGCCAGGGCGGUCAAGUUGCUCGGGUCACAGGAGGGCAUCGUUACCGAUCCGAUCUACUCGGGCCGGACCGUGGGCGCCAUUCUUCACAAGGCGGAGCAAGGUGAACUUGAUGAGGCGCAACGUGUCUUGUUUGUACACACAGGCGGGCAGGCAGCGCUCGGCGCAUUUCCUGACAUGAGAUAG